UGAGAAUGAAAACGAAGAUUAUCUGAGCUCACAGUGGAAAGGUUUCAAUUUUAGUGAUUGCAGAGUGACAGACACUGGUACAUAGUUUAAUAUCGGUUUACCCCAAGACAAUAACAAGAGGAACUGGUAAUCGAAAGGAUACUGACACUGGAUAAGCUACAUUUGUUUUUUAAGGGCAGCGUUUUGACAUUUUGGAUGACAGCACUGUAGUUUACUGUGUAGGCCUACACAGCCCAUCUACGAACACAGUGCGGCUUGUUUGAUGUCCUACUAUUUUAAUACUGACUAGCUGAGAUGUCGUGGAACCAGGGAGGCGGAGGGUAUGGCUCUACAAAGGCCUACACUGAUGAGCCGGGUAUGGGAGAGUACAGAGAUGACCCUGGGGGAAGAGGAGGAUACCAGGACCAAGGCUAUGGUAACUUCACCAAGUUGUGCGACCAAAUCAGCAGCAACAUUUUUACCAUAAAUUCAGGGGCCAAUAAUAUUGACAAAGCCAUGAAAAGUAUUGGUACCCAUAAAGAUGGAGUGCAGUUAAGAGAUAAAAUUCAUGAUAUAUCUACCAGCACGCAGAAGGUGGUCAAUGAAACCAUGAGAUUAUUUAAGAGGAUGGCCUCACAAAGAAAUAUAGAUAAGCGCAACAGAAUGCAGUUAGACAGACUCAAGAGCCAGUUCCAGGAAGCAGUGCAGAGAUUCUCUAGGCUACAGAAGACAGCAGCAGAACGUGUUCGAUCAACUACAGCACUGGGGGACAGAGAGGUCAAGCCCAAAAAGACAUCAGACUGGCUGGAUGACGAGGACUAUACCAGCCACACAGGAAACUAUGUGGAGGGAAGUGGGGCCCCAAACCAGCAGCUGUUAGAGCAGGAGCUAGUCAUAGACAAUGACCUUAACCUGAUCAGGGAGAGGGAGGACAGAAUACGACAGCUAGAGUCAGACAUUCUGGAUGUAAAUGAGAUAUUUCGGGACUUGGGGGCAAUGGUUCAUGAACAAGGGGAGGUAAUAGAUUGCAUUGAGGGGAAUGUGGAGAAGGCCAGUGGUAAUGUGGAGUCCGGUGCUGAACAGCUCACGCAGGCCUCAAAGUACCAGAAAAAGGCAAGAAAGAAGAUGUGUAUAAUAUUGAUAAUAUUUGUGAUCAUCGCAGCCAUCAUCACUAUUAUUCUCGUAACUCAGCUACACAGAUGAGGAGCUCGUUUUUGCCAGAGUGAUACAAAUUGUUUUAUCAUUCCACUGGAUGCCUCUGUUAUACAUGUUAUUAUGGGCAGAUGUUUGUAAAUACUCCAAGUCAUUGAGACUCUAUCUUUAAUUUAUGUAUUGAGAGGUGAAGACUGGUUGCAGAGAGUGAUGUAUAAUACAUGGGGGUAAAAUGACUCCCAUAUGUCUGCAUCUUGUUUACACUUUUGGAGCUUUUUAUCCUAUAUAGCAGUUGUUUAAUAAAGUGCGAGGGGAUAAAUGGUCACAUUUAAUAGAAAACUUACUACUGUUUUGAACAAACGAGAUAUGAUAGUGUGACUAAAACAUGUUCAGGCCGCAGAAUCACAAGCUUUGGCUUGAGUUUAAAUUUGUUUCACAUUACCUCCAGUCAACAAACAGGAUUUAUUUUCUCAUUCAUGGAAAUUGCUUUGAUCUAGCUCAAUUACAGUUACCUGUACAUCUUCAUUAAAAUAGUCAGUUAUAAUUUGGAUUUAA